CUCCCUCGAGCGAAGAGCGGGUAUCAUCGGCGUCUAGGCUCGAGACUAGUUAGCUAUAGUGCCCCCACCGAAACAGUUGCUGCAAACCUAGGCAGAACCUAUAAAGACUGUCCUGUUGUGGCAACAUCAUGUCUGUCUACUUGGUGCCCUGAAAUGUCUGAUUGGCCUUAUCGCUGCCAAAGGUGCUUCAACAAACCUACAUGAUCUGAUGAGAUGUUGGACUCAGAAGACUGCACUUUGUCCCUGGAUAACCUGUUCUUUGAGAGGCCAGUUGUCCACAAAGUAAAGCCACUUUGUCAAGAGCAGAGUUUUUGGCAGUUGGAACCCCCUCCGUCCCUCUCCCAGAUCCCAGCCACUCAGGACAUCCAGAAAGAGUCAGAGGGUCUUUCAUCAUUCAGUUUCUCUCAGAAGUCCAACAAAUUCCUUCCCCAUUUGAAAAGAGCAGUUGACGGUGAUGGUUUCACACCCAAGAAUACCAAAUUACAUCAGAAUACCAGUGAUGGAGGAAAAGAACCUGAAGCACAGGGCGGGUGUGCCCUUUGGGCUCGGGAAGACUUCAUGAAUAAAUCCCAGGAUACCACAAAGGUCAGCAGAGGUCGAACUAAAACCCCACAGGAUUCUGGUCAUGCACUGGAGCAGCAACAUUUCCCACUGUUCAGCCAAAGCCCACCUCUACGGAGAAGUUUGUUCAAACCUCCCAGUGGUCAGGUGUUGAAGAAAAGCGCAAACUCAAACAGAGGCCUCAACCAGGCAAGACCCAGAGUGCAGCAAACUUUCAACCAGGUUUCCAUGGCGACAGAGCCUCGGCUGGCAAACCAGUCGGCAGCAGGCCCCAGCCCCCUCACCAGUCUGGGCCCACCUAAAGCCUGGGGACCACCACAGAAGACACAGGACAAGGGCACCAAGAGGGCUCAUGUUCUCCCCAUGACACCCCAAGCCCUUCACAUACAAAGUACUUCUGGGCCUGGGAUACUCCGACCAAUCUCUGAAAUCCCUGCUAAAUUUAGAUCUGUCUUCAAAGAGUUCCCUUACUUCAACUACGUUCAAUCAAAAGCCCUAGAUGAUGUUCUAUACACGGGUAAGAACUUUGUGGCUUGUGCUCCUACGGGCUCUGGUAAGACUGUGCUUUUUGAGUUGGCCAUCAUCCGCUUACUGAUGGAGACCACAGAUCCCUUGAGAAACAUCAAAGCUGUGUACAUGGCCCCCAUCAAAGCUUUAUGCAGUCAGCGCUUUGAGGACUGGAAGAAGAAAUUUGGGCCUCUGGGCCUGAGCUGCAAGGAGCUGACUGGAGACACGGAGAUCGACGACUUCUUUGAGAUUCAGGACGCCCAUAUCAUCAUGACCACACCUGAAAAAUGGGACAGCAUGACGAGGAAGUGGAGGGAUAACUGCCUGCUGCAGUUGGUCCGGCUGUUCCUUAUUGACGAGGUCCACGUGGUGAAGGACCCUAUGCGUGGAGCAACACUAGAGGUGGUGGUGAGCAGGAUGAAGGCGGUCCAUGCCUACCGUGCAGCACAGAACCCCCAGGAGGACCUCUCCAUGAGAUUUGUGGCUGUCUCUGCCACCAUCCCCAAUAUCAAGGAUAUCGCAGACUGGCUGUGUGACGACGGAGACCCUGCUACUUGUCUGGAGAUGGAUGAGAGUCACAGACCGGUGAAGCUGAGGAAGGUAGUGCUGGGUUUCCCCUGCAGCAGCAACCAGAAUGAGUUCAAGUUCGACCUGUCACUCAACUACAAGAUGGCCAAUAUCAUCCAGACCUAUUCAGACCAGAAACCAACACUUGUUUUUUGUUCGACAAGGAAAGGAGUCCAGCAGUCAGCCACUGUUCUGGCCAAGGAUGCCAGGUUCAUCAUGAGUAUUGAGCACAAACAAAGGUUGAUGAAGUAUGCAAACUCUCUCCUGGACUCAAAACUCAGAGACUUGGUGUCGUUUGGGGUUGGUUUCCACCACGCCGGAGUUGACGUGUCAGACAGGAAGGGGAUAGAGGAGGCCUUCACCAUGGGAGACCUGCCUGUGCUGUUUACAACUAGUACUCUGGCGAUGGGGGUGAACUUGCCAGCCCACCUGGUGGUAAUCAAGUCCACCAUGCACUACAUCGGGGGCGCCUGUGAGGAGUACAGCGAGGCCGACAUGUUGCAGAUGAUUGGCCGAGCAGGCCGGCCACAGUUUGAUACAUCAGCGACCGCAGUGAUCAUGACCAAGACUCAAACCAAAGACAAGUACAUGCAGUUCAUGAAUGGAGCAGAAAUCAUCGAGAGCAGCCUGCAUAGCCACCUGGUGGAGCACCUGAACGCUGAGAUUGUCCUCCACACCAUCUCAGAUGUCAACAUGGCCCUGGACUGGAUCCGUUCCAGCUUCCUCUACAUCCGAGCUCUGAAGAACCCCAAACACUAUGGUUUUUCCAUUGACUUGGACCGAUGUGGAAUCGAAGCCAAAUUGCAAGAGCUCUGUCUGAAGAACUUGAAUUCCCUGGCCUCCAUUGGUCUGAUCUCCAUGGAUGAGGAUGUCAACAUCAAAGCUACAGAGGCCGGCAGGCUGAUGGCAAGGUACUGUGUUGCGUUUGACACCAUGAAGCAGUUCAGCAAGGUGGCUGGCACUGAGACCUUACCUGAGCUGAUAGAAUUGAUGGCGAAGGGCAGAGAGUUCACUGAUGUACAGCUGAGAGUGAACGAGAAGAGAACCCUGAACACAUUGAACAAGGACAAGAACAGGAUCACUAUCAGGUAUCCCAUGGAGGGAAAGAUCAAAAACAAAGAGAUGAAGGUGAACUGCUUGAUUCAAGCCCAGUUUGGCUCCAUUCCAAUCCAGGAGUUUGGACUUGCACAGGACACAGGGAGAAUCUUCAGAAAUGGAGUCCGACUCAGCAGAUGCUUGGCAGAGUUCCUAAACCAACGCUCCAAGACAGGCUUCUCUGCUCUACUCAACUCCCUGAUACUGGCCAAGUGCUUCAGGGCCAAGCUGUGGGAGAACUCUCCUUACGUCUCAAAGCAGCUGGAGAAAAUAGGGUUGACUCUGUCGACGGCCAUGGUGAACGCUGGGCUCACCACCUUCAACAAGAUAGAGCAGACUAACGCCAGGGAACUGGAGCUGAUCGUCAACAGACAUCCUCCAUUUGGAAACCAAAUCAGAGACGCUGUCAUCAAUCUACCCAAGUAUGAAGUUAGUUUGGAGCAGCUUCCAAGAUACAACGUCGCCACCGCAGAGAUUGUCGUGACCGUGAAUGUGAAAAACCACGAACAGCUGCUGUCAAAGAGAACCACUCAUGACCACCACUAUGUCACAAUGAUCAUCGGGGACUGUGACAACAACGUGGUCUUCCUGCAAAAACUGACAGACUUGAUGCUGUUGAAGUCAGGAAGCUGGUCAAAGAAGAUCGAAGUGGCGAAAGCCUUCAAAGGAGAGGAGAUCAGCGUGAAUCUAAUCAGCUCAGAAUACGUGGGGUUGGACAUUCAGCAGAAGUUUAGUGCCUUCUACUCUGGACCAAAGAGGUACGGAGGUGAAUCACUCACACCUGAGCAACAUAACACGAUGCAAAUAGCACAGGCUAACGCUCAGAGAUCACAGGGUGCAACACAGAGAAUACAGCCAACAGGUCAGCAAACACAGGCUACGGCACAGAAGAGAAACUCCACAUCCACAGAAAAGGGUUCCUCACAACCAGAUCUAGGCAAAAGACAAUGUAACCACUUCUGCAAAAACAAGGAUCAGUGUGGCCACGACUGCUGUCAAAAUGGAGUGACGGUGGUUCUGAAGAGGCCGAUGAAUCAGCAUUCGAGUUUCUCCUCCUAUCUCCAAGACCUGAAGACCAGGAGUGACACACUGACGGAUACACCAGUCAAACGCCUCAAGAUGAGAAAGAGUGGUGGGACUGGGGCUGCGAACAUUCAGCAGUUCUCUUAUACGCCUCAGCCCAUCUUACCACCCGCUUGCAGGUAUGUAGGUAAUCGUUAUGGCGCUUCAGCAAUACAACAGAGUGUGGAAUCAGCUGAGGACUUUGCAACGCCCCAAGAGAUGGCAUAUCUUGAGAACUAUGGCCAUGAGUAUAAUGACUACCUGGAAGACAUAUAUCAGACAAUGGGAGAAGUGGAACCACCACCUAUUCAAACCCCUACAGAGUCACAAAGUCCUUCAAUGUGGAGGAAACCCAGUGCCUACAAUGGAGGGUCGUUCAGCCACAGCACCCCCCAAAGCCAGGGCAGGGGUUACCCCCAAAGUCAGGUUCCCUCUCAAAACCAGUGUCGGGGUUACCCUCAGAGUCACAGCAUCCCCCAAAGCCAGAGCAGGAGUUACUCUCCGAGUCCCAUCGUAGACUUGACCGAUGACAGCAGCUUCAUUUCAUCGUCACACACCCCCAGCGUGACCUUUGACCUGGGAGACGAGACCUUUGACCUGGGAGACGAAUGGGACGACUGGGAUGAUUUUGACGACGACAACUUGGUGCACGCCAGCGAGACAUCAUGCACCACUGUAGCUAAAACUCAGUGGGUGGACCGUGACAGGCUGAAAGGUCACUCAACACCACUACCAUCCACUUAUGUACAACCCAAACCCCGCUUCACUGUGUCCAGUGCCCCACUCAGUUCAACCUCCCCAGUUGUUCCUCAGAUGGCAGCUACUAGUCUCCCAGUCAGACUACACAACCUCCAGGCUUCUGCUCUCUGGAGCCACUCUAACAACAAGGCCACAAGGGCAUUCAGUGAACCCUUUGUGAAAGCACCCUCCUUCUCAAAACAGACUGACACAAGCAUGGCUCUGCUGGGAGGACAGUUUGAGUUCUUCUCAAAGACGACUACCCCAAACAAUGACAAUGUGACUGGCAAAAGGCUCCAGGGAGAGGACAACAGCAAGGAAGUGGAGGCAUUCAUGGGUAUAUUUGCUGGACUAUUCUAGAAGUGUUUAUAGUUGUAUGGACUGGUUCCAUGACGAUGAUUAAUGGUUUCAUGUUACUGUGUAUGUUGUUUUUAUACUGUGAUUUGUACUGUUUGUUGUUUGAGAUUAACUGUUAGAUUUACUGUUGGCCCUAUUAGAAAAUGUUGCUAUCAUUCAGGAGUAGGAACAUUCAAUCAUCAUUAGCAGGUGGUCUGCUAAGGAUUCUAAAAAACUAUUAUAUAUCUAUGUACUUAAUUUAAUAAAAACAAUAUUUAUUCAGA